UAAGGCGUGAGGGCCCCCCGGCCGGCGCUUAACCCUCCUCCCUGGCUCUUGUCCGUGGACCCUCCGCCUGUGAUGUCCGAGACGGCUCCUGUGGACCCGGCUGAGCCUGGCCCGGCUUUCAUGGCGAAGCCGAACAUCAAGAAGCGAGGGAAGAAGCAGGUGGGCCUGGCGGGUGUGAAUCGCAAGACGCCAAGCCCGUCGGUGUCCAAGGUGAUCACGGAGGCCUUGUCGCUGUCCCAGGAGCGGGCGGGCAUGUCGCUGGCCGCGCUCAAGAAGGCGCUGGCGGCCGCGGGCUACGACGUGGACAAGAACAACAGCCGCAUCAAGCUGGGCCUCAAGAGCCUGGUGAGCAAGGGCACCCUGCUGCAGACCAAGGGCACCGGCGCCUCGGGCUCCUUCAAGCUCAACAAGAAGGCGGCCUCCGGGGAGGCCAAGCCCAAGGCCAAGAAGGCGGGUGCGGCCAAGCCCAGGAAACCCGCGGGCGCGGCUAAGAAGCCCAAGAAGCCCGCGGGGUCCGCCACCCCCAAGAAGAGCGCCAAGAAGACCCCGAAGAAGCCCAAGAAGCCGGCGGCGGCUGUUGGAGCCAAAAAGGUGAAGAGCCCGAAGAAGGCGAAAGCAGCCAAACCCAAGAAGGUGCCCAAGAGUCCGGCCAAGGCCAAAGCGGCGAAAUCCAAGCCGCCGAAGCCGAAGGCCCCCAAGCCCAAGGCAGCCAAGACCAAGAAGGCGGCCAAGAAGAAGUAGGAAGUCCCUUUGGCCAACGGUUAACACACAACACAACCCCAAAGGCUCUUUUCAGAGCCACCCA